AUGAAGGAGGAAAGCACCUGGCGCAGCACAUCAAGGGCUCGCACACCCCACGAGAAGAAUCUGAGCUUCCGCAAGCAUCAGACCCUGCAGCGCCAUGUGCGUGUGGCGCAUCUGGGUACCGCCGCGUUUGUGUGCACCGCGGCGGAGGAUUGUGAGGCGGGGUUUGAUACCGCCGGCGCGCUGCGGAGGCAUGUUGAGAGGGAGCAUGGGGAGCUUAGGUUUUGGUGUGAGGAGUGCGCUGCUGGUGGUGGUGAUGAGGAGGAGGGGGAUGGUCGUAAGGUUGGGUUUAGGACGCUGUUGAUGCUGCAGACGCAUAUGCGCAAGGAGCACGUCGAUUGCGUGUUUUGUGACGUCAAGUGUGGGAGUCAGGCUGACCUCGAGAGGCAUGUGGAUAUGUACCACUCUGGCACGACGGUGGAGGAUAGGAAAACGGUCGAGUGCCCGUGGGACGGGUGCGGGAAGAAGUUUACGAGGGUGCCGAACCUGAACACGCAUAUCCGGUCGGCACACGAGGGGUUUCGGUUCGUUUGCGGGCAGGUGGAUACCUACCAGGUCGAGGACAUUGCCGACUGGAACUGGCAGGAGGAAGGGUGCGGGCAGGCCUUCAUCAGCAAGAUGAAGAUGGAGGAGCACGUACGCUACGUGCACCUGGGCAGGAAGCGGCCGCCCAAGCUGUACACGGUCAAGUCGGCGCUGCCGGGCGAUGAGGAUGAGAUGUCUGCUGCCUUGCCGACGCGGACGAUCCCCUGCUCUGUCGAAGAGUGCGAGACCAUGUUUAUCCGAGCAUGCCGACCUGGACAAGCAUCUGCAGAAGCAUCACCCCAAACUGCAAGAAGAAUGCCAUCGACCCGCGCCUGCAGGAGAGCAGCCGGAAACGACGAGCCGUUUUGGGUUGAGUCGGUUAUCCCUGCUGUAGCCGAACCGAGUUUCGACGCGGAAUGGACUGAGAUGCGCAGGCUGAUCGACUUGGACGCGCUAGUGGACGCGAAAGAGUAG